AUGGACGAUGCUAAAGUUCAGCUAACUCGUGACUAUGAAGAGGAUCAAACUGAAUUGUUUGAGGAAGAGGACGAUGAUGAUGAUGAAUUACCUCAACCUUUGAUGCCAAAAUUGACACCAGAAAUCCAUCAAGAAUUACUUCAAGUGUACAGAGUGUUUUAUCAAGAAACUUUGGAUGAGGAGGAUGAAGAUACUUUUGAUGUGUCCAUGGUUGCAGAGUACGCUCCGGAGAUUUUUAACUAUUUACAUGGCUUGGAAAUAAAGCUAAGACCAAAUCCUCGCUACAUGGAAUCACAGACUGAAUUGAAGUGGAAUAUGCGUAGCAUAUUGGUUGAUUGGUUAGUUCAAGUGCAUUCAAGAUUUAACUUGUUACCAGAGACAUUGUUUCUAACAGUCAAUUAUAUUGACCGUUUUUUAAGCAAGAGAAAAGUCUCCUUGAGCAGAUUCCAAUUAGUUGGUGCAGUUGCUUUGUUCAUCGCUGCUAAAUAUGAGGAAAUCAAUUGUCCUAGUGUUCAAGAGAUUGCAUAUAUGGUAGAUCAUGCCUAUACUGUUGAAGAUAUUUUGAGAGCUGAAAGAUUUAUGAUUGACGUUCUAGAAUUCGAAAUGGGAUGGCCAGGCCCAAUGUCAUUUUUACGUCGCACAAGUAAAGCAGACGAUUAUGAUUUUGAAACCAGAACUUUGGCUAAAUACUUUCUAGAGAUCACUGUCAUGGAUUAUAGAUUUGUUGCAUCUCCACCAAGUUGGUUAGCUGCUGCUUCUCAUUUUUUGAGUAGAUUGUUACUGAAUCGUGGAGACUGGACAGAGGCUCAUGUUUAUUAUUCAGGUUAUACAGCUGAACAAUUGAAGCCUGCUGCCUCAUUAUUGUUGGAUGCAUGUCGCCAUCCAGAGGAGCAUCAUAAAUCCAUAUAUGAAAAGUACCAAGAACGUCGUUAUCGUCGCUCUUCCCUUUUUGUUCAAGAAUGGCUUAAAGUUGCUGAUGGUGAGCAGUGA